CACCGCCUGGCCACACUCGAACCAUACAGCUGUGGCGUCCCGAUCAAAAACUUAACGCUUUUCCUACAUUUUCAUUAAGCGCCAUUUUAGACCAAUUUUAACAUGGAGCCAAUGACGCUGGGCAGCCCGGUCAACAGCCCCGGCUCGAACCAGAGCCAAUACCUGCCGCCGUUCCUCCUGGGCGAUCCCCAAAACCUGACGCCGCACAAGAACACGCUGUCGCCGAAGCCCGGGCGCUACAAUGUCAGCUUUGCUACAUCUCCGGGCGGCAGCAGCUCCCACGAGUUCAACCGAUCCGCCAUGAACACCCGCACUCUGUUUGGCGCCCAAGGAGGCGUCCACAAUGUUUCCCAGCCCGCAGUCGGCGGCAGUGCCACCCCCAGCCACAGCCACGCCCACUCGCUGAGCCACCACCAGGCGGGACCGCCCACCCAAGGACUCUUCGACUCGCUGCGAGAACAGCCCACCACACCGCAGCAGCGCAGCCAUCAGCUCAGCAUGCUGCAGCUGCAGUCGCCGUAUCAGAGCUAUCAGUCCAACGAUUCCUUUGCGCCCGGGGCACCCAAUGCCAUCAAUGCCUCCAUGCGGGCAUUGUGCUCCCCACUGGGGGCUACCGCCUCGCCAGGUGUUUCGAUAGCGGGAUCGAAGGCAAUAGCAGCAGCAGCAGCAGCGGGCAACUCCCGCAUGGCCGACUUCUGGGUGACCAUCUUUGGGUUCUCGCCCGGGGCCAGCUCCAUGGUGCUGCAGCACUUCACCCUCUGCGGCACCAUUGUGGACGUGGUGCAUGCCCCGCAGAACGGGAACUGGAUGCAUGUGCGCUUCUCCUCGCGCAUCGAGAGCGACAAGGCGCUGAACUACAACCACAAGGUGAUCGCUGGCAAUGUGAUGGUGGGCGUGGCGCGCUGCUCGGACCGCUCGGUGAUCGACAAGGAGAACAGCAGCGGGCUGGCCAAUGCGGAGCCGCCGUCAACUCCCGCAGCCAGCCCCGUCCUCGUCCGUCCGUUCGCCCAGCAGGCGUACAAGCAGGCCCGCGACGUAAACAUCAUCUCGCCCACAAAGGAUGUGCCCCAGAAGAGUUCCGGGCUGAUGGACAAGGCCAUGGACCUCAUUUUCGGCUGGUGAGGCGGGAAGGAAGGCAUGAAGGCGGCUGGCUUUUCCGGCUACUUAUUUAAUAAUCACUGCGUACAUCCAGCAUACAUACAUACAUACUUAUUAAAAGAGAUACAAUAGCAA